AGGCGUUUUGGCUGCUCAGAUGUCACGUGGCAGGAAUUUCCUUGGAUUCCUAGGGAAUUUCAGCUCACGGACUCCCCUCCGACUCUUCUGCUCCUCCUCUUUGACUCAGCUGCAGAGCUGGGAGGCGAAGCUCAUCGAUCUCUUUCACUCUCACGCCCCCAUAGCAGACCUGACAGGCAUGAGGCUGCGCUUUGACGGGGAGGAAACGGUCGUGGAGCUCCCGUACAACAACAAGCUGGACUCUUCUCCCCGGCCAGGGAGAUUGCUCGGAAGCACUCAUGGAGGGGUAUACUGCCUCCUUGCUGACACAGCCGGAUGGUUUGCAAGCGCAAGGGGCCGAGAAGGCGGUUGGCCGCUCACGACGACGUUGAGCUGUCACUUCGUUAAGUCGAGCAAGGAGAAAGACAUCGCUGCUCGGGCUCGAGUCGUUCAGUCCUCUCCACGUCAGGACAUCUGCGAGGUGCGCAUAGUGGACAAAGAGGGUCUGGAUCUAGCUUACGUCACAGCCGUCUUUGCUGUCGCAGCUCGGAAGGGAUGAUUGGACAGAUCAAGUUCUUCA